UUUCGUGCAGCGAACAGCUAACCACAAGUACAACUUCCUGCGACUUACACCUUCGUCGCCCACCUUCUGACCGCAUCCUCUCUGCGGACCUUAACCUUGCACUUUCAAUGAGAACAAAACGCCAACUGGAAAGACACCGGGCGCAGAGAACUCCAAGGUUCAGGAACGCAAAGCCAACGGCCACCAGACAGCGACGCUGUGCCGCCUUUUAAAGACGGGCCGUCGGCCGGGAGGGGAGGCGGGACCAGCCGCUGACGUCACUCUGUACCGCCCACUCCACUCGCUCUGCCACAGUGGGUGUUCGUAUUCUGUCAGCUCGUCUCCGCAAGCUGAGAAGUUGCCGGCAGCAGGUUGAACAACCCAAAGAUAAAAAAAUAAAAAGCAAAAUAAAGCAAAGCAUACAGUAUCAACAGGAACCAUUGUCCUCUCGCAUUAGGAAGAAGAAAUGAAGGCGCAAAAUUCUGUUGAGGAGAUGCACAAAAUAUUUCAGGAGGCUCCAGAAGCCAGACGGGCACUGCUGGAAAACUACAGCAAUCUGCACAAGGUGGCCGAGUACUGCGAGAAGAACUACCUGCAGUCUGAUGACAAGAAGGCGGCCCUGGAGGAGACAAAGGCCUUCACAACUCAGUCUCUGGCCAGCGUGGCCUAUCAGAUCAGCACCCUGGCCAGUAAAGUGCUGACCCUACUGGACGCCCAGGCGGCCGAUAUGAGGCACAUCGAGUCGUCCGUCAAUCUGCUCUCCCAGUCGGUAGACAUGUACCAGGAGAAAGUUUACCGUCGAGAAAUCGGCAGCUUCACCGCCAUCAAAAGGCUGCCGCGCAGUCAGAAGAUCAUCGCGCCGACCACCCAGGAGGAAAGGGCCAAAUACACCCGCAAGCCCAUCAUGUACUCGUCCUUGGACAACGUCGGCCACGGGGUCAAGGAAUCAGGAACGCAACUCGGAAGAACGGGUACCAUGAACAGAAAAACAGUCAAUAGGGACCCUCAGGGAACUUUGGGAAGAGGCACUCGACAACCCGAACCCGUCCAGUGCCCCAUGGUUCCCUCUCUGACCAAGUGUGUCUCAGUCACCUCUCUGAGUGACCGCGCCAGCAGUUCCAGUUUUGGCAUCGCUGUACCUCCUCCAGUGAUUCCUCCGACUCCAAGCAUGGCAGAUGUGGCGUCACCUCAGACUGAUGAAGUUUUGCCCCCUCCACCACCUCCACCAGUAGACCCUGCGUCUGAACCUAUCUCAGUGGUCCCUGCUCCACCUCUGUUAACAGGCUUCUCAGGUCUUGAUGGACUUUCAUCACCUGACACUCCGGACUUUCUGCCUCCUCCGCCAUCGGCACUAUCUGGUUUGAUCCCCCCACCUACAGCUCCGCCCCCACCACCGCCCCUGGAGGAUGAGCUUACUUUUGCCCGCUUGCCUCUGCUUUCUUCUAAACUGUCAAGGGGUCAGCAGGGUCCUGACAGGCCAUGUGAAAGACGUCACCCAGCGCGCUCACAGCUGCCUCACCCUGUGGGUCAGAGUCUCUCAGUGUCCUCUUGGUGCACAUUGAUCAUUCCUCCCCAUCCCUCUUAUCCCCCCCCAGUAGCUCCCCCUGCCCCACAGAUUCCGCUCACUCGGUUGGCCACGUGGUUUCUCGAACACAAGUCCGAUUUCACAGCCCCUCCACCGGAUGAGCUCUUUGAAUUCAACUCCACGGAGCCUCCUCUUCCUCCCCCAGUGGACUACGACACAGACGCCCCAGCCAACUACCUGGAGAAAGUGGUGGCCCUCUACAGCUACACGGGCAGCAGGGAGGACGACCUCACUUUUCAGGAAGGAGAUGUGAUUUACGUCAUGAAGAAGAACCCUGACGGCUGGUACGAAGGCGUCCUCAACAAUGUGACGGGUUUCUUCCCUGGAAACUAUGUGCAGCUGGCGUGAUGGUUGAGGACACCUGGAGGUCGGAGACUUGAGGAGCACAAAGCGCUGGACUCUCAUGUUAAUGUUCUUAACUUUUUUUUGGUAACUUGCGUCGCAUUUCAUGUUAUGGCAGACACUGGAGAGGCCCACCCUGCCUAUGCAGGUGCCCAUCCUGCACUUUGUGAAAUACACAAGUGGUAGGGCACCCUCCUGGUGGCCACACUAUACUAUAACGAAUCAGGCUAACGUGCAGGUAAGAGUGUGGCUACCUUCAUGGGAAACAUGAAGAUGAGGGAAUACUUCAUAAAAAGUGAAGCGUAAGACGCCCACCUAAAUAUGCAAAAUUUAAUGGCAGAUGAGUGAAGUCGGCUGGUGGCUGGGAAUGCCAACUUGUCCACUCACCC